UUUCAUUUCCUAAUUCCUAUUUAGCAAUGAACACUCAUAACAUAAUAUAUUCCACCGAUAGAACCUUGUAAUUACUGUAAAUUUUUAUUAAAGUUUGGCGGAACGCAAAGUAUUUAAAUGUUCAUAUUCAUUAAAAAAAUCUAUAACAUAAGUUGAAGUAUUUAUGUGAAACAUUACUCAUUUUUAAUAUUUGGCUUAAAAAUGGAUUCUGGCACUAUUAUCGAAAUAAACCAAGGGGCCGUAAAAAUCAUAAAAUAUAAUAAACCGGCCCGAAAAAAUGCCAUUGAUGCGGAUAUGUAUAUACGAGUAAAAAACAUUCUAAAUGAAGCUGCAGAGGAUGACAAUGUUUCCGUUAUCGUGUUGACCGGCGCCGGAGAUUUCUAUAGCAGUGGUAAUGAUUUCUCAGCAGCUUUAGAGAAGCCCUCAGAGAAUAAUUUAAGAAUUUUAAGUGACUACAUAAAUGCAUUCAUAACAUUCCCGAAGAUACUUGUUGCUGUUGUAAAUGGGCCAGCCAUUGGUAUUGCUGCCACUACUUUAGCCUUAUGUGAUCUAGUGUUUGCAGCUGAAAAUUCAUAUAUUUACACGCCAUUUACAAAACUUGGUAUUGUAGCUGAAGGUUGCUCAUCAUAUACAUUCCCACGACUCAUAGGAGACAGAAAGGCAGCUGAAAUGUUGAUGUUUAAUCAUAAAAUGACAGCAAAAGAAGCAUUAGACUGUGGGUUUGUAAAUUACCUUUACAAACCUGAAGAAAUUCAAAGCAAAGUAUGGGACAAGAUUACUGAAGUGUCAAAAUUAUCUUCAACUUCCUUAUUUGCUACUAAAAACUUGAUACGAGGAGUAAUACAAAGUAAACUUUUAAAUGCAAACAAGAGAGAAAUGGAAGAACUUGACAAGAUAUGGCAAGCAGGGGGAUAUUUAAAUACUGCACAAAAUGUAUUCACAAAGAAAAGUAAAUUAUAAUUAUGAAUGUCCUAGUCUACCCUAAAAUUUACUAUGGAACAAUGAAGAUGGAAUAUCUGUGAAAAAUUGUUUAUUACAGGUACACUAUGUAGGUACUAGGUAGUAUGUAUUAUAAGUUGGGACCGAUUUAUAGGUAUCACUUAAUAAUAUAAUAUAAUAAUAUCAGCCCUGUAUAAUAUGAGAUGGGUUAGACCAUAGUCUACCAUACUGGCCUAGUGUAGAUAGGUAGACUUCACACACCCUCGAAAUUUCUAUAGAGGUAUGUAGGUUUCCUCAACAUGUUUUCCUUUACCAUUAAAGCAAGUGAUGAGAAUAAUUGUCAAAAAAUACACACAUAAUUUUGUCAAGAGUCAGAGUUGUGUGCCCUUUGGUUUUGAACCUGCGUACAUUCAUCUCGGUAGUCUAUUUUACUCCCAACAAGGCUAUCGCCGCCGUACUAUGCUAUCGUCGCCACAACAUGAAUACAACUUGAAAAGCCUAUAUAUAAUAUGAAGGAAAAACGCCUAAGUAUGCAACACUAGGUGUUGCUUGUGACUUCGCCUGCGUGAAAUGCCUUUUUCGUUAAAACACUGGCGAUUCUGAACGCUACCUGUACUACGCUAGCGCUACCUAUUUAAGAUUUAUGUGUUCAUAUCUAUGUCAAUACAUGAUUUGGUCUAAAUGUGUGCCAAAUUUAAUUUAAAUUCUUUUAGCUGUUUCUUCUUACAAACAUCCGAACAUUUUCACAAAUUAUCGCAUUUAUAAUACAAUAUCAUGUGAGAUUAAUUAGGUGUUAGGUUUUUUUUAAUUCAGUAUACAAUUUGCUGGUAACAUUCCAUAAAAUUAUGUUUAUUUCUAUUUAAUCGAUGAGCAUUUUAUUUUUACAAAUUUUCGCAAUCAGACUAGAUUACCCCGGUUGCGUAGGUAGUUGUAAUUAUUGGAUAAUUGGUAUGACUAUGACGCUGACUCUCGGUGUCGGGCAUAGUAAUAUUGUUUUAUUUUUCAUAAACUUGGGUGCUAAGCUGACACUAAUUGUGUGUAGAAAAAGUUCAGACGCCGAAUAAUAGGAUUACGUACUUGCGACAAAUUUCUAAUCCUGGAUUAUUUUCCUACUUAGCCUUUUUCAUAAGCUUGGAUGUCUAGAAUGCAACAUAAUAUUUAAUUCAUUGUCCUAAAGCAAAAAAAAGAUAUCGCAUAUUAUAGUGGAAAUAUGCAUCAUACCAUGUGUUUAAACAUUUAUGCAAAAACCAGCUAUGAUGGUCAAAAUAUGCAAAUGUGGCGAGUUAUAAUAAUCCAUGCUUUAAUUGUAAGUAAAAUAAAGAAGUUAUAUGUAUAAUAUACAUGUACAUAGUAUGAAGAGAAAAAUGGCAAUGUUACUAUAAUUUAAUUGGGUAUGUAAUAGUAGAUACCUUAUACUAAAAUUUUUAUCAGUUUUUGUUAUAAAAUAAAUGUUGUUAUUAUUAUGA